AUGAGUAGUACUGUCUUGAAUUCCAAUACCUUUCCUACAUCGUCACAUCAUAAUCGUUUGCCACAACUAAAACUACCACAAUUUGAUGGAAAAUAUAGUGACUAUAAAAGAUUUAUUCGCACAUUUCAGAACAUGGUAGACGACGAUGUUAGCAUAGCCGUUGUCGAUAAAUUUAACUAUCUAUUGAAUUGCUUGUCGGGGCCAGCGUUGGCGGUUGUCGAACCGUUCGAGGUUAGCGAUGCUAACUACCCCAAGGCUUUAGCGCGUUUAAAAGAGCGAUAUGACAGCAAUGUUUUAAUUUUUUUGGAUUAUAUUUCCACAUUAUUUAAUUUGCCUAAGAUGACAAAGCCGGAGCCUCACCAAUUGCGCAGCAUAAUUGAUACCGUAUCUGCUGUACGCGCAUCUUUAUUGCCGUUGGGUUCAGCAACAGAAAUAAUGAAUUCAAUGUUGACUUAUGUGGCUCUUUCAAAAGUAGAUUCUAUUUCUAAGGAGACGUAUGAAUAA